UACAGGCAAUAGAAUGUGCAUCGCUGCACAGGGUGCACCAGUCACCUGCGAUCAAAUGCGACACGUGUUGUCUCAUGGACUGCUUUCAUCCAAGUUUAUCACGAGUAUUUUCGUAGCGCGUUGUGGAGACCCGCGGCAAGUCUUCUGCUUGGAUGCCUCGUUACCGGCUAUUGGAUUACAAGGUCCCUUCACCAGGUCGACUCGCAGCCUUGCUGUUGACCUACGCUGAGGUGGAAUUCGAAUACGUCACCCUGGACAGAGCUCAGGCAGCCGAAGCAGAAGCAUUGGCGCCCUUCGGAACGCUACCGGUACUGUACUUGCAGGAGGAGGUUAUAGCAGUGGAUUACGCGAUCUGCGUAUAUGUAGCGAGGGAACACGGCCUGGAAGGGAAAGAUGCGAAAGAAGCGGCCAAAUGUUCCACCAUUGUGACGGGAAUUGCUGCCCUCUUUGCCAGUGUCAGGCGGACCAAGUCACAAAACCUGACGCCAGGAGAUGACAAACUAUCAGAAUCUAAAGAUCUACGCGAGAAGGUUCCUCGUUUCCUGAGAUACUUUGAGAAGCUGCUGACACAGAGCGGCACUGCCUACUUCGUAGGAAACCAGGUCACAUGGGCUGACCUGGCGGUGACGUUUGCCUGUCAACAGCUGCUGCAGCGGUUCCAGGGGGCAUUGGACAGACACCCACAACUAAAGGCGCACAACGAGCUCAUUACCGCGCUGCCUAAAGUCAAGACGUUCUUCGAAGAAUACUGCACCCAGCGCUAAUUACGACGCUUUCUGUCAGGCUUUCAGAUUAUCACGCACAUUUAUCUGCCAAUAAAUUG